UUUUCUGUAAGAACGGUGAGUUUCCUUGAGUUUUAUUGUAAUUUUCAGAGGAAAAUGUUGUAGUUGAUAAGUGUCCGCGUAACAAUGACCAAUAAAAAAGACAAGUGAUACACGAGAAAUAGCUGAAAAUUGGUGCGCGUAAAUUUAAUCAUUUAUACGGGAAAAUGAAAAAUAACAAUUACAAGAAAUAUGAAAAAUUAUCACAAGAUCCAAAUAAUCAAUUUGAUGCGCAAGCUGAUAAUACAGCCUCUUACGCAUCGACGAUAUUUGAGAAGGAGAUGCUGUUAACGACUGCCGAGUCGUCGCAUUAUUCUGUGGCAGAGGUUGCUGGGCGAUUUCAGGUCGAUCCACGCGUCGGCUUGAAAUGGCAGGAAGCGAACAGUCGAACGAAGAUCAUUGGGUACAAUGAGUUGCCGGCAGUUGAGGAAGAUCCGCCAUGGAAAAAGUACAUAGAACAAUUUAAGAAUCCUCUGAUUUUGCUGUUGUUAGGAUCUGCAUUAGUUAGUGUGUGUAUGAAACAGUUUGACGAUGCGAUCAGCAUAACGAUAGCGAUAAUAAUUGUGGUAACGGUUGCCUUUAUACAAGAAUAUAGAUCUGAAAAAAGUUUGGAAGAACUUAAAAAGCUCGUUCCGCCAGAAUGUCAUUGUUUGAGAGAAGGGCGCGUCGAAACAUUCCUCGCCAGAAAUUUGGUGCCUGGCGACAUCGUUUACUUGAACGUUGGCGAUCGUGUGCCUGCCGAUGUGCGACUUUACGAAGCGAUCGAUCUCUCAAUCGACGAAUCGAGUUUCACGGGCGAAACGGAGCCAUCGCGCAAAAGCACCGAGAUAGUAUUAAACCAAGUUGGGCAUCACAAGAAUCAUUCGUCAAUGAAAAAUAUCGCCUUUAUGGGAACACUUGUGAGAUGCGGCAAUGGAAAAGGAAUUGUUGUGAGUACCGGCGAAAAAAGUGAAUUUGGCGAAGUUUUCAAGAUGAUGCAAGCGGAAGAAGCCCCAAAAACGCCUUUGCAAAAAUCCAUGGACAUUUUGGGAGCGCAGCUGAGUUUCUAUUCGUUCAUUAUUAUCGGUGUCAUUAUGCUGCUGGGUUGGUUGCAAGGCAAAGCGAUUGUCGAAAUGUUCACAAUUAGCGUAAGUUUAGCUGUAGCUGCCAUUCCCGAAGGUUUGCCGAUUGUCGUAACAGUUACUUUGGCUUUGGGCGUCAUGCGGAUGGCGAAACGCAAAGCAAUCGUCAAAAAACUGCCAACUGUCGAAACGUUGGGAUGCGUUAACGUCAUUUGUUCCGACAAAACAGGCACAAUUACGAAGAACGAGAUGACGGCGACAGUUCUUAUCACGUCAGAUGGGUACAUGGCUGACGUUACGGGCGCUGGAUACAAUGACAACGGCGAAAUUGUCAUCAGACCUUGCAAUAGCAUGGAUUUGGCGAAGCAAAGUAUCAACAGUUUAAUUGAAGCAGGCGCUGUUUGCAAUAACGCAUCGAUUAUUAACGAAGUUUUGCUGGGACAACCAACGGAGGGAGCGUUAUUAGCACUCGCGAUGAAAAAUGGAAUGUAUGCAGCAGCAGAAAGCUACGUGAGACUUCAAGAAUAUCCAUUUACGUCGGAACAAAAGAUGAUGGCAGUCAAAGUUGUGCCGAAAUACAACAACAACAAGGAAGAAAUGCUCUUCGUCAAAGGCGCCAUCGAGAUUUUGCUGCCUCAAUGUACAAAAUAUCAAUAUGGCGGGCAAUUAGCGACGUUAACGAAACAAAAUGAGGCUGAAUUUCUGAGUGAGUCAUACGAAAUCGGCAAAAAAGGAUUGCGAGUACUUGCUUUGGCCAAGGGGAAAUCCUUCCAAGACUUGAUUUUCUUGGGUGUCAUUGGCAUCACAGAUCCUCCGCGUCCCUUGGUACGAGAAUCCAUCGAAAUGUUGCAAGCGAGUGGCGUGCGGGUUAAAAUGGUGACGGGCGAUGCACAAGAAACAGCAAUGGCAGUUGCGAAUUUGAUUGGACUCGAUACGAUUCACAUGAAGACGUUGUCGGGACACGAAAUUGACCAAAUGAAUGAGAUGCAGUUGGAAAAAGUCAUUAAUAAUGUGAGCGUUUUUUAUAGAGUGACGCCAAAGCACAAACUGUCGAUUGUGAAAGCCUUGCAAAAUAAUGGGAAUAUCGUUGGUAUGACGGGAGAUGGAGUGAAUGAUGGCGUUGCACUGAAAAGAGCAGAUAUUGGAAUUGCAAUGGGCAAAAAUGGCACAGAUGUGUGCAAAGAAGCUGCCGAUAUGAUUCUCGUCGAUGAUGAUUUUCAUACAAUUAUUGCCGCCAUCGAAGAAGGCAAAGGAAUCUUCUACAACAUCCGAAAUUUCGUGAGAUUUCAACUAAGUACUUCAAUUGCUGCCCUCUCUCUCAUCACAUUAGCAACUCUAAUGGGCAUCCCGAAUCCUUUAAACGCCAUGCAGAUCCUCUGGAUUAACAUUAUCAUGGAUGGUCCGCCCGCACAAUCGUUAGGCGUCGAGCCCGUCGAUCAAGAUGUGCUCAAACAACGUCCGCGAAACGUCAAAAAAGCAAUGAUUUCAAAAUCUUUAGUCAUCAACGUGCUACUUUCCGCUGGAAUUAUCAUCCUGGGCACACUUUGGGUGUUCCAACGCGAAAUGGCAGAUGGAUCUGAGGGACGUACUGCACGCGAUACAACCAUGACAUUCACUUGCUUCGUACUUUUCGACAUGUGGAACGCUUUGAGUUGUCGCUCGCAAACGAAAAGCGUCUUCACCAUUGGACUCUUUACGAAUCGCAUGUUUCUCGCUGCCGUUGGAUUUUCGCUCGUUGGACAAUUGCUCGUCAUUUAUUUUCCGCCAUUGCAGCAAGUUUUUCAAACGGAGGCACUUUCGGGCAUGGAUUUGGUCUUUUUGGUUAGUUUGACGUCGUCGGUGUUUAUCGUGUCGGAGCUGAAAAAAUUGUUCGAACGUACGAUGGAACGUCGUAUGUAUAAAAGUCGCCCCGAAUUGGACUUUGUAUGACGAUCCGCACACGCUGGAAGAUUGCAUCAGGACUAAAGUGACACACAUGACACACCCGGACUGUUCUUAUUAAAGACAUUUUUUUUUGUUCUGUAAAACUUACCGAAGAACUUCAUCAAUUUCAUCAAAUAGGAAUUCAAUCAUCAACAUUGACAAUAUUUAAUAAUUAUUUAGUUAUUAUUUCCUUUUGUUACAUUUUAGCGCAUUAUUUUUAAGAGAAAAAGCAGAAAAUGAAAAGCAAAUUACAAAUACUUACAUUUUUAAGUUUUAUUAUUUAAGUAGUGAAAUUAUUCUUGAGAUAAUUGAAACGUUAGAAAAUAUCUGUGCCUCUAUCGCUUAAUUUUCACUUGUUUUAUUUGCAAACUCCGAUCAUUCUACUGAGGAAAAAAUACAACAAUUUACUAUUUUGUAUAAAGAAAUGUGAUAAAAACGAUAAAUUAAGUAAACUUAAGUUAUGUAACUAAAAUCAUCAUACAGAAUCAUAACUUUUAUGAUGACACAAAGUCAACCAUAAAAGACUA